AUGUCUUUCCGUUAUCUUUUUCAGGUAGCACUAACAAUAUGUACUGCAAAUUUCUACGCAGAGUUCAAAAAUGAUUUCCGUACGGACUUUUCGAUGCCACUGUCUAAAUCAUGGUCAGAGAGGGAAUAUUAUCGAAGAUUUUAUAACUUGACAUUCGAUCCAUAUACGAUAGUACUUUCUGGUGAAAGUGUCGAUGGAGGUUCCAUGCUACGACCUGAUAAGUUUAUUGCUAUGGAACAGGAAGCAGAACGAGGAUUACGUAUGCAUUUGGUUGGUAAUGGGUUUCAGAAUAGAACGCUUGGUUCUUACGUAUACCUUUCUUCAAAACCGUUUUAUGAAGCUAUAUCAGAAGCAAUCAAAAUUCAAUCAAAUGAAAAUGCAGUGCUUGGUUAUCCAACGAUGAAUCUUUACGGUAUCAAUUUUACAACCAGAAACGUCUUUCGGCGUUACAGCAAUGGUUUUGUUGGGAUGCUGGUAUACUUCUUUGUAUUUGCCGAUCACCAAGAUGUUGUUUCAAGUAUAAAACGGACUGAAGUUGAAUGGAACAAUAAGCUUAAGCAUUCAAGUGAAUCAAGUGUUCGUUUUCGAUUAUUUGGUGAUGAAAUUGUUAAUACUGAAAUAUUUGUGGGUUCAGUCGGUUCACUUCCCUAUUUCCUCACUGGUUCACUUGCAAUGGUCAUCUUUAUUUUCUUAUCGAUUCUCCAUUAUAAUGAGACAUUUUUGCAAACGGUUUUUUUAACACUAUGGACUGCAUUUUGUCCAUGUUUGGCUGGCUUCACAUCAGUUGCUAUAUUUUCACUCCUAGGUCGCACAUUGAAUUCGUCCAUGCUUGUCACACCAUUCAUGGUGUUAGCUGUUGGCGUAGACGACGCAUUUCUAGUACUACAUAAAUGGUUCACAUCCGUUGAAUUAGAUCCCUCGUCUCGCUUAACUUCAGUACUUGUGGAAACUGGUCCAUCUAUUACUCUUACUUCAGUUACAAACAUCUGUGCCUUUAUGGUUGGCAGUUUUCUUUCACCCUAUGCAAUUCGCGAAUUUUGCUAUUGUUCUGCUCUGGCACUUACGCUUGACUGGAUAUUCCAAAUUUUAGUAUUUACUCCUAUACUACUGAAAAUUCACGCUUGUUCAUUUAACGUUUCAAGGAAAAAUAACGAAAGGGACAAAUCACCUUUCAAAAUUUACUGCAAAUUUUUGAUGCAUCCUGUCACCAGGAUUAUUUUAUUCUGUAUACUCAUUCUCUUUUGGAUCUGUAGUGUAUAUCUUGCGCUUAGAAUGGAAGAAAAUUUUACACCACAAAAAACAUUCCGAUCAGAUUCUUUCCUCACUGAUUCGUUACCAACUCUUGAAAAUGCUUUUAUGGAGCAUGAACUCUUUCCUGUCUUUAUGAAAUACGUCCCAGACAGAGCGGCAGAAUUGUUAGAUACUGUGGCGCAUGUGCACAAUCUUGAUUGCUUGUGUCCAAAUUACAAAACCUGGAUUGAAGAAUAUGCUGCUUUAUAUGGUCAUACAAACGACACUACUGAAAACUUCUUUGGAAAUAUAAUGAAAUAUCUGGAUUACAAUCCUGAGUUGACAAGGAAUUUAGUUUUACGAUUCGAUAGCAGUGGAACUGCCACAGUUGACAAGAUAUCCUUUGACUUGUGUAUUCAUGGAUAUGGUAGUUGGCGUGAUCGAGCUUUUAUUCAUGAGCAGAUCCGGAAAAAGAUGCCUGAAGAACUGCUGGUAUACGAUUACGAUAGCACUUUAUUUGACAUUAUAUUGACAGCCCGAGAAACGAUGUUUCAAUCAUGUAUCAUAACACCUAUCUCCAUGCUUCUACUUUGCACACUUUUCAUUCCAAGCGGUCGAGCCAUCGCUUUUGUUCUCCUCUCCAUAAUUUCAGUCACUACGGGAAUAGUAGGUGGUUUAAGUGCAUGGGGCGCUGAUAUGGAUAUUAUUGUAACCAUCAGUGUUGUGAUGGCAAUUGGCUUGACAAUUGAUUAUGCAGCACACAUAAAUUAUCACUAUUUUGUGACGAAUGCAAUGCUGCCUCCGAUAGACCGAAUGUCCUCUUCGCUACAAGCUAUCACUUAUGCCACUGCUCAGGCAUCAACAACCACAUUUAUAUGCGUUUUACCUCUUUAUUUUUAUAACGUUUACAUGUAUGUCACAUUCGCCGAAACGAUCAUAUUAUGUGCUGUACUCGGUCUUCUGCACACUGUUGUUGUUAUACCUUUUUUGUUGUUGUUCUUCUGA